AUGCCCGCAGACUUCAGUGGGAAAUGGAUACUGGAAACCAGUGACAAGUUUGAGGAUUACUUGAAAGUGUUGAAUAUUGAUUUUGCUACGAGGAAAAUAGCCAUCUCUCUGUCUCAGACCAAAGUGGUCGUCCAAGACGGAGACAAGUUUAAUUUCAAAACACUGAGCACCUUCAGGAAUUACGAGCUCGCCUUCACCGUGGGGGAGGAGUUCGAUGAGUGCACCAAAGGACUAGACAACAGAAACAUCAAGUGUCUGGUGAACUGGGAGGGGGACAAGCUUGUGUGCACUCAGAAAGGCGAGAAGGCCAACCGUGGUUGGAAACACUGGAUCGAAGAGGACAAACUCUACCUGGUGGGUUAA